ACAGAUGAGAAAAAAAGUCUGAGAGGUUCAGUAACCAGGCCACAGACACAGCCAGAGAGCGUAAGUGCUGUGAUUCAAGUCUGCAUCAUCUAUUUUGUUGUUGUUGUUGUUCACCAACCUCCUUACCUUGCUUUUUCUCCUUAGCACUCACAAAGGUUUGCACCAUGCCUUGCUUAGUUAUUUGUUUAUCUGUCUUCCUCUUCCCAAUAGAUGUAAACCCCAGGCGGUCAAGGAUUUUUGUGUUUUUGUUCUCUAGCCCUAUACCCUAGAACAGUGUUUGGGAUACAAUAGGUGCUCAAUGGAUUGUAUGAAUUUUGACAUGUCUCUCAACUUCUCUGAGCCUCUCCUCCGUAAAGGGAGGAUAACAAGAAAAACUGCCGCAGCGUCGGUGCAAGAUCGGAGUGGAUGAGGGACAUAACUGUCCUGGGUAAAUCCGGACAAACGUGUGAACGAAAGCUUUGGUCGAGCCUCCACCACGUCUAAGCGCAGUGAGGGUCUUACUGCGCGUGCUCCGCCUCCCUCUAGUCUCUCCUCCCCUACCCCCGCCUCCACAUCCCCCUCCGGGCGGGGCCGGAAGUGCGGCCGCUUCCUCCGGGCGCCGCGGGGCGGAGGGACGCGCGGAGAUGACGCAGACAGCACCGGAAGCCGCUCCCCUGUGAGGCUGAGGCCAGGGAGCGGCGGCCGUAGGUCUAGGCGCCAUGGCUGCGGAGCGGACCCGGCCGCUGCGAGGCUCUGGCGGCCCGAGCGCGCCUAGUCGGUGUGAGCCCGGCGCGAGGUCCCGGGCCCCGGGGCGCUCGCUCAGGUCAGUGCCGCGCGGAACACGGCUCAGGGAGCGAGGGACCUGGGAGCGACGAACGGGUUGAAGGGAUCUGGAGUGCAUUUUAGAAAUGGGAAAGUAGGGUUUCGGAGUUACUACCGCCUAGUGCCUCAGUUUCCUUAGCUGCAAAAUGAGUUAACGAUGUCCCAGGGCUUUCGUGAGUCUGAAAGAUGAUGAAGUGUGGUGAGGUGAUUUAUGAAGUACAAAGUGCUGUACAGUGUGAGGGACUGCUCCGUAAUUGUGGUUAUGCCAUGGAAACAGGUAAAUUUUUCCAUAACCUUAUGGAGAGAAAGGACUUUGAGACAUGGCUUGAUAACAUUUCUGUUACAUUUCUUUCUCUGACGGACUUGCAGAAAAAUGAAACUCUGGAUCACCUGAUUAGUCUGAGUGGGGCAGUCCAGCUCAGACAUCUCUCUAAUAACCUGGAGACUCUCCUCAAGCGGGACUUCCUCAAACUCCUUCCCCUGGAGCUCAGUUUUUAUUUGUUAAAAUGGCUCGAUCCUCAGACUUUACUCACAUGCUGCCUCGUCUCUAAACAGUGGAAUAAGGUGAUAAGUGCCUGUACAGAGGUGUGGCAGACUGCGUGUAAAAAUUUGGGCUGGCAGAUAGAUGAUUCUGUUCAGGACGCUUUGCACUGGAAAAAGGUUUAUUUGAAGGCUAUUUUGAGAAUGAAGCAACUGGAGGACCAUGAAGCCUUUGAAACCUCAUCGUUAAUUGGACAUAGUGCCAGAGUAUAUGCACUUUACUACAAAGAUGGACUUCUCUGUACAGGGUCAGAUGACUUGUCUGCAAAGCUGUGGGAUGUGAGCACAGGGCAGUGUGUUUAUGGCAUCCAGACCCACACUUGUGCAGCGGUGAAGUUCGAUGAACAGAAGCUUGUGACAGGCUCCUUUGACAACACUGUGGCCUGCUGGGAGUGGAGUUCCGGAGCCAGAACCCAGCAUUUCCGGGGGCACACAGGGGCCGUGUUUAGUGUGGACUACAAUGAUGAACUGGAUAUCUUGGUGAGUGGCUCUGCAGACUUCACUGUGAAAGUAUGGGCUUUAUCUGCUGGGACAUGCCUCAACACACUCACCGGGCACACGGAAUGGGUCACCAAGGUGGUUUUGCAGAAGUGCAAAGUCAAGUCUCUCUUGCACAGCCCUGGAGACUACAUCCUCUUAAGUGCAGACAAAUAUGAGAUCAAGAUUUGGCCAAUUGGGAGAGAAAUCAACUGCAAGUGCUUAAAGACAUUGUCUGUCUCUGAGGAUAGAAGUAUCUGUCUGCAGCCAAGACUUCAUUUUGAUGGCAAAUACAUUGUCUGUAGUUCAGCACUAGGUCUCUACCAGUGGGACUUUGCCAGUUAUGAUAUUCUCAGGGUCAUCAAGACUCCUGAAAUAGCAAACUUGGCCUUGCUUGGCUUUGGAGAUAUCUUUGCCCUGCUGUUUGACAACCGCUACCUAUACAUCAUGGACUUACGGACAGAGAGCCUGAUUAGUCGCUGGCCUCUGCCAGAGUACAGGAAAUCAAAGAGAGGCUCAAGCUUCCUGGCAGGCGAAGCGUCCUGGCUGAAUGGACUCGAUGGGCACAAUGACACAGGCUUGGUCUUUGCCACCAGCAUGCCUGACCACAGUAUUCACCUGGUGUUGUGGAAGGAGCACGGCUGAUGCCACGAGCCACCACCGCUGACUGACUUUGGGUGCCGGGGCUGCGGGUUUUGGGUGCAACCUCUGUGGCAGCCGACUGCAUGAACCAAAGUUCUCACCUAAUGGUAUCAUCACGCAGUGCACAAUCAUUUAUCUAUGUUUGCCAGGGGGCCAGGGCUCGGGGUGGGGGUGGGCUUGUUUUAUUGACAUACAGCGCAGCAUGCUAAUGGGGUACACCAUUGACUUCAUUUGUACUUAGUUAUGUUGGUUAUUAUAAGAAGAUGCAUUUGGGGUUCAUCUUUCUUGAGUGGAAUAUUGGUUUUAAGAAAGUUAAAUGGUUCAUUAAUCUGCUAAUUGGUUGCCUAUAAAAUCACAUUCAGUCUGUUAUUAAAGCUUUUUACCAUAGCCUUUUUUUCUCUUGAAGUUGAAGCAAAGGUGCUAUGAUGUUGUUACAGCAACUUCUCUCACAUGGGGCUUAGCUUUUAUAAGAGCCAGUGUUACAAAGACCAUCUAGUCCUGUGACAUUCAUAAACUUUCCACCAAAUACCAGUUCUAAAAAAGUCUGUCUUCCAGUGCAAAUCUGAUUCUAUAAAUUGACUGUUCACAACUCAUCCUAAACCCUAGUUUUUGGCAGAGUCAAGGUUGGCCAUGUUUCGGAUGUGAGAGAGUUGUGUAGUUUUUGUUUCCAUGUAGAGGAAGCUGGCCUCAGCCUGGAUGAAUGCACAGAGGUGCCAUGGUAUUGUAGAAAGAGACCUGAACUGGAAGAUAGGAGACUGGUUCUGUUACCUAGGAAAUCUGCAACCUCGCUGGGCCCCAGUUUCCUUGACUAUACAGCCAGGUAUUAAACUAAGUGAUUUCUAAGAUCCCUUACAGUCCUUCUGCUGAAGUGUCCAAAGUUGAUAUUGUAGUUUUGUCUAACCCUUGAUUCAUUGUUUCUUUCAGGUUGGAGAUAAUAUUUAAAUGAAAUCACUGAUGCAAAGUUGUUUUCUAUAAGGAAGUCAGUUAUAUGAAAAGGAUGGAUAAAGGGGGAAUGUAGAAAAUAUAACUGAUUCAAUUUAGAAAAUUUAAGUAAUUGCUGGAAGAAAUGCUGAUAGGAGUCAUGGUUCAGUAGGGAGGCAGUGUGUUAUAGUAGAAAGAAAGAUACCUGAACCUGACUUAUCUUCCUCCUUUGCCUCUAACUAACUUUCCCUCCCAAGACCAUGAUUUUCUUCGUCUGUAAUAUGAAAGAAUUGUCCUAGAUUAGGGCUCACAAGCUCAGAUGCCUAAGGAAGCCAUGCAGGUGACAUAAAUGAGUAAAACAUGCUGGGUAGGAUUGUGCUGACCCCUGGAGAGUUUAUCUGCCAGGGCAGUUACUCAGCUCUAAAUGUUUUAUCAUUAGCAGAAAUAAGCCCAAUGUUGAUAGGUCUUCAGAUUUUUUCAGGAGGAGCUAGAAGUCCAGAUUUUUAUUCAAAAUCCCUGAUUUUUAAAAUGUUACAACUGAUUCAAGAUAAUUUAAAAUAAGGUGGGCUAAACAAAACAUGUCCACAGGCUGCCAGUUUGUGUCCUCCACCCUCUCACUCUAAAGCUAGGGAAUUCUGUGGUUCUGCAGUGGAAAUGUCAUAACAUAAUUGUCACAAAUAUUAGGGAGAGAGUAGAGGGAGCAAGCAGUAGAAAAAGCUCAGCUUUGCUUCAGCUGUUUCUGCUUGUGUUACAGGGGGGAGUGGGAAGGGGCGUAUUUCAUUCACAGACCAACAGGAAAGUAGUUUGAAGAUGAACGUUAAGAACUGGAACCUCGGUGAAAGCCUCUGCCUGGGCAUGUGAGUUAUUCCUUCUUGCUGACUGUAAUGUAAAGCAUAUCCAUUUUCCAGGUAGGAAAAACAGGUACUGGCAGCUCUUCCAGAAUCUGUAUUACCUUAGAGCCCGAGAGUGGACCUUUGAAUGAUGUGAAGUUAGUAAAAAAUCAGUGGUUAGUUUCAAGGACAGGUAUAUUUAAUAUAUCCAUGUUGAAACCCCAAAGGGAAGAAUUAAGUAAAAGAUCAGUAUCUUCCUCCAUCCCCCCAAAUCUGGGUUUAAUCCAUCUCACAUUGAGGUCUGCGCAUGAGCUCUGCCUAAUCCUAGAAAUGGAACCGGAAUUGCAGCUGGAAUCUAUUUUGCAGGAGUGUCAGGAGACUUGGGCAAUCAAUCAUGAGGGCAAAUGACUUUUUCCUUUUCACCCAGCCUGAGCAAAUAACUGAGAUUACUGAUCUAAUGACCAUCCCCACACCCUGCCUCACUUUCAGAUAGCUUCAAAGGGCAAAUAAUUGUAGUCAUUAGUGGGGAAAGUUUUAUUAAAAGUGACUAAGGCAAAACUCGUAUGAAAUGUCCCAUUUCAGUUUUUGGUGGUGAAUACAGAAGUUGUCAUCAGGGCGGUGCUCGGUACUGCUGGGUUUUGACAUCUGUACUUACGGCAGUAGUUGGAGUCCUAACUAGAGUUCCUCCUCACGUAUGCCUUCAUUUCACCUGAGCAUUUUACUUAACUUCAUUGAUGAUGCUGGAUUUAUUCAUAUGAUUGCCAGUGUUUAUAACAAAUGGAAAACUAGCUUAUCCUUUAUACAAAAUAAAGCAAAGUGGGGAGUCAGAGAGAGGAACAGAUAGGGGAUAACUGAAGCUGUGGUUCCUUAGUCUCCUUUCAUUGAGUUUGAGGGCUAUCUUGUGUACACACUGACUUUGGCUUUCUUAGCAUAGAGGUGAGGGACUUGCCUUUCUCUCUUUUGUGGGUAUUCUCACUUAUGAAAAAUUUUAAGUCAUGAGUGGGCAGACCCCAUCCUUUUUUAUGAGGGUUGGAUUUCUUGGGUGACACUGUUGUGUGUUGAAAGCAAAUGGCUUGUCUCCUCUCAGGUUUAUAAAGGGUACCGUAACAACUUCAGGCUCCAACGUGAGGACAGGGAUCCAGGAGAGCUGAGUAGAUGUGUGAGGUUUUUAGAGACUCUGUUCCCAUUCUAAAGGAAUGUAGUUUCCUACAGCUCCGUUAUUGGAAGUAAUAAAUGUUGUCAAAUCUGACUCUAACCUGACAUUGAGACCUAUCAGGGAAAUAGGAAGAAAGACCCUCCAGUGGAAGGGCUAGACUUGAAGUUCCACAGGAGGGUGCACGUAUUUGGAUAGCUUUUCAAAAGUGGAACGUGGGGAGUAUUGCUAUUUUAAGGUUUGCACUUCAUUUUUCAUAAUUAAAUAAUUACUCUUCUGGCCACUGAAAACACUUGGUAAAAAUGCAAUGAGGAUUGUAUAAUCGUUCUAGUGUUUGCUCACAGGAGAAUGAUUACUAGUCUUCAUUUGUAAAACAGGGAGAAAAGAAAUAUCUUUGGAAAUAGUAUUGUUUUAGACACGAAGAAAUUGUUUCUGUUAGGGUAGGCAUUUUGACCUAACAGAGCAGUUAAGGAGCCUGGCUUUAUACAUUGCUUUGGCCAAACCCAGCCAGCAACUUGAAGUUGUCAGUGUGUGUCCUGGGAGCCUAGAGAUGAAUCUUCCCACCAUUGCUCUUAAAGCUUUCUGUGCCUCCUCCUCUGGGCCUUGGUGUAUGAACCACUUGCCUUUCUCUGUAGGGAAACAGGCAGAAUCAGAUCGUUACCCACAGAUGCAGUCUGGGGCAGGGCACACCAUCACUUGUGCCUGUAGGGACACAGAGUUAUCAGGAUAGAGUAGAAGCCCUGUAGGGCUAUCCCCUUGACACCGCCUUCCUACCUGGUUUUGCUGGUGCUUUUGCCAAGAUGUUUAAGACAACCGAGACACUUGAGAAUUGCAGUCCCCAGAUACUGAUGAAAAGCACAGGUUAACAUUCUUGACAAAAUGCCCAUUAGCCAUCUUUGGCAGUGUCUCUGAUCAGAGGUUCCCCAUGCCUCCUCUAGGAAAGUGAAAAAUUUUCAGAAUAUAUCCUCAGAUGGAUUACUGGGUGGUCUUUCCACUACUCCCAUCAGCCUACUCAGGCUGAAUGAUCAUGCUCAGUGCAGAAAGUUGUCUUCCUGUCAAGUUAUUUCGAUGUUUCCAGUCUUUCCUGGAACAGUUCAGUUGUUUAAAGUUGGUAUUUCAAUCUUGACCAGUGUAAACCCACAUAAUUAUUGCAACCUAAAGAAUCUAGCUACUGAAACUUGUCAUUAAUGUGCCCAAAUAAUGAUGUAUUUUUGUAUAUUUGAUCCUGGCAAAUUAUUAAUUCAGAUGAUAAAAGCUCAUAAUUUGGGGGGAUCUUUAUACUCACAUUAUGAACAGACAUAUUUUGCUGAUUUAGACUUUGCACUCUUGAGGAGAAUGCUGAGGUUGUAAAAGGCAGGUCUGUCACCAAUCCAACAUCUAUAGCAAUAUGGUAAAAGUCAUCAACUCAUGUUUGAUUAAUUUGAUAUGUGUUGUGAUCUAGAGGGAAUGAGGUAAGAUUUAUAUCUGAACCGUGUGGGGUGGGGGGAAUAAGGGAUUAUGUAAGCAAAUAGUGGAGUGAUAUGGAACAAGAUGUCUCUAUAAGAUGAGAAGUUAUUUUCUUGCGUAAUAGAAUGAUUCUUUUGCCCAUGAGUGAUUGUGCUAACUAUUAAAUCAUUUAUAUAUAUACAUUAAAGCGGAUUCCCUCUCAAUUAGGCAACAUUUAGUUAGCCAGGCCCAAGUUAUUGUUUGUACUUGAAAGUAAUAAAGCUGCAUUUCCUUAAAAAUA